AUGAGUGAUGAAUCAGGUUAUGAUAUAUGUGAAUGUAUACAGUCUCACAACGGGGCUAUGCGCCAACUGUUGGGAAUAUUAAGACAGACUCAGGAAUAUUGUAGUGACAGCUCUUGUGUUGACGAUUUAUCUCAUACACCUCAAAGUAACCAAGAUCCAAUGUCCGGUACCUACAUCAUGACAUUCGUGGCGAUGCUAGCGGUUUUCGCUGCAGUACUUUUUGGCUUGCCACGUUUUCGGUCGUCAGAUGGGAAGCCUCGCAACAACUUCCAGGGACCAAAUCGUGAUCCACCAGCAAUCUCGUAA